AUAGGAGAGAGACAAGAGAGCAAAUUUAUUUUUGCCAACAAGUCUCUCUCCAUUAAAUUAAAAAAAAAAUAUAACAAAACACUCUUUGUCAUCUUUUCCAUGUGUUAAAUAAAUUUAAUAUUUUUGCUACUCUUGGUUCCUCUUAAUAAAUUAUUAACAUAAUCAUGGCGUCUAAUUUAUCUUUGGAAGAUAUCAAGAAUGAGCAAAUUGACCUUGAAAACAUUCCAGUGGAGGAAGUGUUCCAGCAGCUAAAAUGUAGCAAAGAGGGCUUGUCAUCUGCUGAGGGCCAAAAAAGGGUUGAAAUUUUUGGCCCCAACAAACUUGAAGAGAAAAAAGAUAACAAGCUUCUCAAGUUCUUGGGGUUCAUGUGGAAUCCUCUCUCAUGGGUUAUGGAGUGUGCUGCUAUCAUGGCUAUUGUGUUGGCCAAUGGAGGAGGAAAGCCACCAGAUUGGCCAGAUUUCGUUGGUAUCACAGUAUUGCUCAUUAUAAACUCUACCAUCAGUUUUAUUGAAGAAAACAGUGCAGGAAAUGCUGCAUCUGCCCUUAUGGCUAAUCUUGCUCCUAAAACUAAGAUUUUGAGAGAUGGAAAAUGGUCAGAAGAGGAGGCCUCAAUCUUGGUUCCAGGUGAUAUAAUUAGCAUUAAGUUGGGAGAUAUCGUCCCAGCUGAUGCUCGUCUUCUCGAGGGUGAUCCUUUAAAGGUUGAUCAGGCUGCACUCACCGGUGAGUCAUUGCCCGCGACAAAGUUCCCUGGCGCUGAGGUUUUCUCUGGUUCCACUGUCAAGCAAGGCGAAAUUGAGGCAGUUGUCAUUGCCACUGGUGUUCACACUUUCUUUGGAAAGGCUGCUCAUCUUGUAGACAGCACAAACAAUGUUGGCCAUUUCCAGAAGGUGUUGACUGCCAUUGGAAACUUCUGUAUCUGCUCUAUUGCUGUGGGAAUGGUGAUUGAGAUAGUAGUGAUGUACCCAAUUCAGAAGCGUAACUACAGAGAUGGAAUCGACAACUUGCUUGUGUUGCUCAUCGGAGGUAUCCCAAUUGCCAUGCCAACAGUCUUAUCUGUGACCAUGGCUAUUGGAUCUCAUAGGCUUGCACAACAAGGUGCCAUAACUAAGAGGAUGACUGCUAUUGAGGAAAUGGCUGGUAUGGAUGUUCUUUGCAGUGACAAAACCGGUACCCUCACCCUCAACAAGCUCACUGUUGACAAAAACUUAAUUGAGGUUUUCCCUAAAGAUGCAGACAAGGAUACCGUUAUGUUGCUUGGUGCUAGGGCUUCCAGGAUCGAAAACCAGGAUGCUAUUGAUACUUGUAUCGUUAACAUGUUGGGUGAUCCUAAGGAGGCAAGAGCAGGCAUCCAAGAGGUUCACUUCUUGCCUUUCAAUCCAGUUGAAAAACGUACAGCCAUAACCUAUAUCGAUGACAAAGGAAACUGGCACAGGGCUAGCAAAGGAGCUCCCGAGCAAAUUAUUGAACUUUGUGAGCUCAAGGGAGAUAUCAAGAAGAAGGCCUUAGAAAUCAUUGACGACUAUGCCAACCGUGGCCUUCGCUCUUUGGGGUUGGCAAGACAGACUGUACCUGAGAAGAGCAAGGAAAGUGAAGGCUCACCUUGGGAGUUUGUUGGCCUUUUGCCCCUUUUUGAUCCUCCAAGGCACGACAGUGCUGAAACUAUCCGCAAAGCUCUUGAACUUGGUGUUGCAGUUAAGAUGAUCACUGGUGACCAGCUUGCCAUUGGUAAGGAAACUGCACGUAGGCUUGGCAUGGGAACCAACAUGUAUCCUUCUUCAGCUCUUCUUGGAGAGCACAAAGAUGCAGCCAUUGCUUCAAUUCCCGUCGAUGAGCUAAUUGAAAAGGCAGAUGGUUUUGCUGGAGUCUUCCCAGAGCAUAAAUACGAGAUCGUGAAGAAGCUCCAAGAUAUGAAACACAUUUGUGGUAUGACGGGAGACGGAGUGAAUGAUGCACCAGCACUCAAGAAGGCAGACAUUGGUAUUGCUGUGGAUGAUGCAACAGAUGCUGCUAGAAGUGCAUCUGAUAUCGUCUUGACUGAGCCAGGUCUUAGUGUCAUCGUGAGUGCUGUGCUAACAAGCAGAGCCAUCUUCCAGAGGAUGAAGAACUACACAAUCUAUGCUGUUUCCAUCACAAUCCGUGUAGUGAUGGGAUUCAUGCUCAUUGCCCUUAUCUGGAAGUUCGACUUCUCUCCCUUCAUGGUCCUUAUCAUUGCCAUACUCAAUGAUGGAACCAUCAUGACCAUCUCUAAGGACAGGGUUGUGCCAUCUCCAUUGCCCGACUCAUGGAAACUCAAUGAAAUCUUUGCCACUGGUGUUGUCCUCGGAACCUACCAAGCUAUCAUGACUGUUGUGUUCUUCUACCUUGCAGCUGACACUGAUUUCUUCACUGAAAACUUCCAUGUUCGAUCAAUCAGAAACUCUCCAAAUGAGCUUACAACUGCACUUUACCUUCAAGUGAGUAUCAUCAGUCAAGCUCUCAUCUUCGUGACCAGGUCACGAAGCUGGUCCUUUGUGGAACGCCCUGGCCUUAUGCUCGUAGGAGCUUUCUUUGCAGCCCAAUUGGUUGCAACAGUGCUUGCUGUAUAUGCAGACUGGGAAUUUGCCAGGAUCAAGGGAGUUGGCUGGGGAUGGGCAGCAGUCAUCUGGGUCUACACUAUUAUUACCUACUUACCUCAAGAUGUUCUUAAAUUCAUCAUCCGUUUCGGCUUGAGUGGAAGGGCAUGGGACACAAUGAUCCAAAACAAGACUGCCUUCACAACCAAGAAGGACUAUGGAAGGGGUGAGAGGGAAGCACAAUGGGCUCUAGCUCAACGUACACUUCAUGGUCUCCAGACACCUGAAGCCGCUAGCCUAUUCAAUGACAAAAACUACAGGGAACUGUCUGAGAUUGCUGAACAAGCUAAGCGUCGUGCUGAAGUUGCAAGGCUGAGGGAGCUCCACACACUUAAGGGACAUGUUGAAUCAGUUGUCAAGCUAAAGGGACUAGAUAUUGAAACCAUUCAACAACACUACACUGUCUAAACAAGUUGAAAUCAAUUCAACUUUUUUUUCUCCAUACAAGUUUGGACAAUUUUUGCAGCUGGCAUUUUGUUGGAUGAAGAUUAUAGCAUUUGGCUGAAGAACAAAGGCUAGUUGUGCAUAAAAAGAAAUUGUAAUUACUUGUUAUUAUUAUAUCCUUGUAGUUAUCAUUAUAUCUUA